UCGUUUGUUUUUAUUUUCUUUUUAGUUUUAUUUGUGUUUGUUAUCAACAAUAAGAACGUUUUAUUUACGUAAAUGGCUUAAUUAAUCGUUUAAAACUCGUGUUUUCAUCAGUUUCCUUUUUAUUUUCCGUGUUUAGAUAUGUUGACUGGUUAUGUCCCGUAAAGCUCACGGAUCACAGCCUCACAGCUCAACAUAUCCUGCUCAAUACCAAAUACCAAUUGAUUACCCAAUUCCUCACACAUAUAAACACCACCACAAAAACAAUGGUCAUUAUCAAACUUCAAAUUAUCGACAACGAAUCCAUAAGAAAUACAACGAACCUGAAACCCCUAUCGAGAGUUGUUUCAGCGACGAAACAAUCAGUUGCUUUGAAGAGGACGAAUACGAAAUACCCCCGCCGAAUCAUUUCGAUUCCAGAUUGGCCGAGUACACAUUUUCCGAUGUCUCGGAUUCAAGCCGAAUCCAAGUUGGGCAACAACAGUAUUACGAAGAAAUCGCUUCUAGGAGGCAGUCUGUUUAUAACAACACCUUAUCGGAAGGGAGCAAAACGAAUAGUUAUUUUGGGUCGAGGGAUGAUCGGGGAUAUUUUGCUGGAUCAUCGGUGAAGGAACAAAGAAAAUUUUAUCCGGUACAAGGAAGUGUUUGUGAAACUUGUUAUGAUGUGGAAAGAGGAGAUGUUAACGUUAAUUUACCAAAACCAAUUAUUCCAAGAACUUUAUCGGAGCGGCCACAAAGUUCGCAAUGUUCAAGCGUAACCAGCGCGGUGAUUCAUGCUUGUGGAGGAAAAUGUCAAACAUGCGAAAAUGUUUGUUAUUAUUUUUUGCAAGUUGCUUUUGUAAUGGGAAUAUUAAUAGGAGUGUCAUUAAGCAUAGCAGGGUCAGUUCUACGAAAAUCAGCGGCAAGAAACCUUCAAGUCUUAAUUUAUAUCGGUUCUUUAUGUGCGAUGGUUUGCUUGUUGUUGUUAUGCAUUCAAUGCCGAUCGAAAAGGAGCUCAAAAAGGAGGAAGAAUCCCCCAAAAACUACAUUAAAUCGGUCUCCUAUACCGUUAGAAACACUUAACGUUCCAACUUUAAGUUGGAAUCAAUCACAACUUAAUCAACAUAACCAAAUGAAUCAAAUUAAUCAACUUAAUCAACAACAUCAACCGUUAAUGUCCGAAAUUGAUCGUAAUCAACCACAAUAUGUACGGAGAUCGAAUCAAAACGAUUCAAUUGAGGAACCGGGGAUUCCAUGGUGGAGACGGAAAGAUAUCAUUGAUAAUAGGUGAUAUUAACUUUAAAAUAGAAUCGAUUUUUAUAUUUUUCUACCUCAAUCAUCAACAAAAAUUGUAAAAAAAAACUUGUUAAUUAACUAAGUAUAAGAAAUAUUAAUAUUUUGACUUUUCUUAUCUAGUCUAGUUAUGUAUAUGUAUAUAAAUAAAUUUAUAAUUGAUC